GAUGAGCAGGCUAGCUUGUAGCAUACACUCGCACUGUAAAUGUAUUAGCUUGUGCUUGGAUGUUCCUCAAUUAGUUGUAUUGGUGAUAUUCGUGAUUUUCUGUGCAUUUGUAGCGUUUAAGCACCACCAACUGCUUUCAUUUCAGAUUCCUCCAAAGGAUCCUCGCUGACAACGGCUAGAACAUCAACUCGGCUCCUGUCAGCUUAGGAGAUGACUGAUUCUCGCCGUGUAGGGACGUGGUUGCAGGUGCUUUGUGCCCAGCUGCUUUGUGGAUGGGCGCUUGCAUCUGAACUCACAUUUGAGCUCCCCGACAACGCAAAACAAUGUUUUUACGAGGACAUUAUCAUCGGCACGAAAUGUACACUGGAGUUUCAGGUGGUCACCGGGGGCCAUUAUGAUGUGGACUGUCGUCUGGAGGACCCCGACGGCACCGUGCUCUACAAGGAGAUGAAGAAGCAGUAUGACAGCUUCACCUUCACCGCCGCCAAGAACGGCACCUACAAGUUUUGCUUCAGUAACGAGUUCUCCACCUUCACACACAAGACUGUCUACUUUGACUUCCAAGUGGGAGACGAUCCCCCGCUUUUCCCCAACGAAAACAGAGUCACCGCCCUCACACAGAUGGAGUCUGCGUGCGUGUCCAUCCACGAGGCGCUGAAGUCGGUCAUCGACUACCAGACGCACUUCCGCCUGCGAGAGGCCCAGGGCCGCAGUCGGGCCGAGGACCUGAACACGCGCGUGGCCUUCUGGUCCAUCGGCGAGGCCAUCAUCCUGCUGGUGGUCAGCAUCAGUCAGGUGGUGCUGCUGCGCAGCUUCUUCUCGGACCGCAAGACCACCACCACCCGCGUCGGCUCCUAAUGCCCACCUCCACCUCCUCUUUCUCCUUCUCCUCCUCCUCCUCCUCCUCCUCCUCCUCCUCCACCCCUCGCCCCUCCUCCAGCACAUUGGAAAAAAAGUGUUGUGUAGGACUUUAUUUAAAAACAAAACUACAGUAAGCUGCAUGUUUGUUGCAGCUCCAACCACGGGUGUCAGUUCCCCAUCCCUCCACCGCUCCCCUCCUCCAGCACACUGGAAGAAGUCUUGUUUAGGACCUAUGUAAUUUAAAAACAGAAAGCAAAACUAUAGCAAGCUGCGUGUUUGUUGCCGUUUUAUUUUUUAUUUCGGCUCCUAAUCAGAGGUGUCAAUCCUGGGUUCGGAAAACCCUGCCACAAAUUUGAUCAAUCCUGCUGUGAUCUUGGUAUUGACACCUUUGCUAAUAAUACCACCUCCUCCAGCACACUGGAAAAAAGAGUUGAGUCAGGACCUAAUUUAAAAAUGAAAGUUAAACAGAUAACGUGUUUUUUGCAGUCUUUUUUUCAUUAUUUGGGUGUACAUUUGACUUACUGUGUGGACAAGACUGAAGGGGAGAGGAGGUGGUAGAGUACAAUACCUUCCAGUGUUGUCCAUGGUGUAGAAAUGUAUGUUUAUGCGUAGAAUCAACUUAUCAAAUGAAUUCAUGGGUCUUUUUUUUAUCUUAAUUUGACUUCACAGUGUCAUGUAGGUCAACGUUACAAGUGUACAUGGAAUUGUUGAAGUUACUUCAAUGUAAAAAGAUAAUUGAGAUCCAUUGUUCAUUUUUAAGAUGAUUCUAUGCAGUUUUUUUUCCCCCAGUGCACUGUCCAACAACUCCUCUCCACUGUAGUCAUUGAGACCUCAGUUGGCUAUGCCCUGACUCAUAUCUGGCCUAGAGUUUUUGUUGUUGUUGCUUUUUCUUGUUUUAUGUUUCAUUAUUGUUUUAAAGGACAGUAAUGGACAUCAUGACUGUUGUCGCUUUGUGACCAUGGGGGGCAAGGGGUGUGUGUGUGUGUGUGUGUGUGUGUGUGUGUGUGUGUGUGUGUGUGUGUGUGUGUGUGUGUGUGUGUGUGUGUGUGUGUGUGUGUGUGUGUGUGUGUGUGUGUGUGUGGGCAGAGUUUGAGAUUGUUUCCCUUACCUGGGUGUGUGCUCUACGCAUGUGGUGAACCUACUAGCAGUAGAGUACUGUGGUUUUGCUUAGCUAGGAGAAUGAGUCUGAUGCUGUGUUCAAGCCAAACAGAACUGUGCCAGUGCUGAUUCUCGUACCAGUUACAUUGUGAACCAGAGUGCUUAAUAGUGAAUGACCCGGGUUUAUACCAUGAGAUUUAUUUUACCACGUGUGACCUGGAUGAACAACUGACAUCUGUGUUGUUGUCACCGUUUGCUUAGAUUAAAUACCAAGUGUUUUUUGGUCUGUAACGUGAAUCAACUUGAACAACUUGACACGUCAGUUGGUUUGAGAUUACUUGGGGGAAUGGGCAUCGGCAUAGUUCUGUUGGCCUGAACCAUAAUAUCAGAGAUAUUUCUGUCAGGAGGCUCAUCACUUUGUCUGGGUUAAUGUAUCUCAGCUUAUCACUAGUGCACCGACUUGGAAUACCCUGGUCGGUGGUACAGAAUUUUUUUGUUUGUGUUUUGUUCAUGUUUUCUUUUAGAUGCGAUGGAUAUUGGUGGCGGAGGUCACUUUUUAACAGCCAAAACAAAAGAUUUGAACACUGAGGUAACUAAAAGACCUAAUGGCUUAACUUAUUUCGUGGAUGUAAAAUUAUAUUUGUGUUUGUCUAAAUGUAGAAAGAUAAUUCGGACACAGAGUUAGACACCCAUAGUUAAAUUUGCAUUGUGGUGAUGUGAAAACCGACAACAUGUACGCCUUGCUUGCUAAUCAAUGUAUUGAUCACUCCUAAAGUGGACAAGCCCCAGAGGUGUCAAUUCAGUGCUCAAAAAAAAAACAAAAAAACAGCCAACGUUUCCCUCCAACACAGGUCACUUCACUGAGUCUACCUGGUCUACAGUACCUGUCUUGAGUACUAAAUCUCCUUGCAAUCUACUCCGAUCCUGUCCUGGUUGGGUCAAAUUUGUGGCAGGUUUUUGCUUGCUGAACUCUGGAUUGACUCUUACAAGGGUCCACAAGGGCUGCAAGCCAAACUACUUCCUCCCCUCGUUUCCUGUGGCCUUGAGCCUCGUGAUGCGAGGCCUGUGUAACGGAGGCCAACUAGGAGAGCACCUCAGUCCCACCUGACAUCUUUGUUUUAUAGAUGUUUUAUUCAAUAUCUUGCAAAAACGCAUUUCAUGGUCAUUCUUUCAUUUACAAUCAAUAUUUCAUGGCUGGUCAAAGGUGGCUCUGCGAUAGUUGACAGUGGGGAAAGCUUGUUUGUUUUUCUCCAAAGCCGGGGCGACACCAAGGCAAGAUGCCACAGACAGACGAGAGGAAGUAGUAUGGCUUGCGCUCAAAGAUGUCAGUGUCACUGUAAAGAGGCCUUGGGGCAACAAUGGAUGGAUGCAACUUGGUUACAAAAACAAGGUGAUCGGAAUAUUUGUUUAAGAUUAAACACAAACUUGAAGGAACUUUUAAUGUGAUCUCUUGUAUAAACAUUGUUUUUGGUGGAAUGUGAGAACCACUAUUACAUACUUUAAAAGUGAAUAAUGAUGCACAAUGGACAGGCCUUCAGUGAUCAAUCUAAUCAGAUUAGUUCUGUUGUUUUGCCAGUUAUCUUUUCUUUUUUUUUUUUUUAUAGUGACUUUUUAAAGUAAUGCUUACUUAAAGCAUGCACUGAUGUAACAUUGGGACACCGCUUGUUUUGUCUUGAGGUUUUUUUUCUUUGUUUUUGUUUUUAUUUCGAGAUAUGUCCUUCAUCCCGGGAAGUUGGGGUUUGUUGCAUUUUAACAACAUAGAAUCGUCUUAGAACAGCCGAAUUGCCAGUGAUAUGUUGGAAGUUAUUUUUGUUUGUCACCCAGCAAUAAAUUCCCUUCAAAGCGGUUUCUCA